AUGCCUGCGCGGCUGCCGCACCGUUUGUUGUGGGCGUUGUUGACGUUGAUGCCGCUCGCCUCAGCCUUGGGCCUUGGCAAACGAGACGACGCGGAUUCGUUUCCUUCUCCAGUGUCUGUAUCGCCAAGUCAGUUCUUUGAAGGAGUUGAUGGACCUUGGUCCACAUUUGAGCUCCGUGUAGGCACUCCGGCUCAGAAUUUGCGUGUCCUUGCUGGAACGUCGUCGACGCAAACGCUCGUGGUGCUGCCGGAGGGAUGUCAGGUUAUCAACGUGACGGACUGUGCCAACAGCAGGGGCGGCCUGUUCAACACGACGGCGUCCAAGACGUGGGAUGAGAUUGGUCUGUUUGGCCUGGGCAUUGAAAAUUCUUUGGGUUUUACCGACAAUGGCGAGUUUGGACACGAUACCGUCGGACUUGGGUAUUUGGGCAGUGGAGGCCCUGUUGUCAACAACUCAGUCAUUGCAGGAGUUGCGGGCACAGAGUUUUAUCUCGGGAUGCUCGGUUUGAACCCGCACCCAACCAAUUUCACAUCUCAGAAUGAUCCUCAGCCCAGCUUCAUGCAGCUCCUCAAGAAUGAGUCUGCCAUUCCGAGCUUAUCAUACAGCUACAAUGCAGGGGCUCCGUAUCGCUUGAACAAGGCCCUGGGCACCUUGAUCCUCGGUGGCUACGAUACAUCUGCCUAUCAAGACACCAACUCUUCGUACGACUUCUUCAGCGAUCAGUCCAGAGACUUGACGAUUGGCGUCCAGUCCAUCUCGACAAAUGCCAGUGCAGAAGACACAGUGCUUCAGUCCAGUUUAAUUUCCAUGUUCAUUGACUCAUCUGUGGCGGAGAUAUGGCUUCCCUUGAAGGCCUGCCAAGCCUUUGAGAAGGCAUUUGGUCUCAAGUACAACUCUACGCUUGAGAUGUACCUGGUGAGCGACUCAUUGCAUAGUUCUCUCGUGGACUCAAACCCAUCUGUUACGUUCACCAUCACGACUGCGAUCAGUGGUGGCUCAACCUUCAACAUCACCUUUCCCUACGCCAGCUUCGACUUGCAGGCAAACCCGCCGCUGGUCAAGAAGGCAUCCCGAUACUUCCCCCUGAAGAGGGCGGCCAACGAGACGCAGUACAUCCUGGGACGAACCUUUCUGCAAGAGGCGUAUCUGAUCGUGGACUACGAGCGAGGCAACUUCUCCGUCCAUCCCCGCGUGUGGAACGCCAGUGCCGAGUCCAAUAUUGUCACCAUCCUGCCUCGCGGAGCCAAGGAGAGCGCCCCCAACACCAGCACCGAAAGCAGCCACAGCCUCAGCGGCGGCGCCAUUGCAGGCAUCGUGAUCGGCGUCUGCGUCGUGAUUGCCGCGAUUGCACUUGCUGCGCUGCGUUACCUCGUCGUCACCCGCCGGAAGAAGAACAAGGCCAACGACUCGGACGAGAUUGAAGUGACGGCCAUGUCGGCGCCAGACCACGAUGGAGCCACUGCGACGGAGACGCCCAAGCCUGAACACGCAGAGAUCGGUCCGGGCGGAGCUCGAGAGCUCGAAGGCGACGCUUCGGCGAAGCCCACGCCAGAGGUAGAAGGACGAAGCUUGGCCACGAGGAGAAGUCCGAUGAGCGAGCUGGACUCGGCUAGCACGCCCGUGGCGGAACUUGCUGCUCCAGCGCCGCUGUCGGAACUUCUGUCGAAUGAGAUUUACGAGAUGCCUGGGAGUGAAGUCCCGGAGCUGCAGGGCAGUCGGGUGGCGCCUCCCUUGGUGCUCACGGAUUCCGAGUCGAGCGAUUUUAGUUUCGAGGUUGAGCCAGGGGUGAUUGGCGUGAUUCAGCAGACGGAGGAGGAUAGACGGCUUAACACGGCGGAUUCUCAUGGGGAGCAGGCCAGCAGACCAGACACAGGGGAGCAGAGAGGAGACGCAGCAGACAGCACCCUGCAGUCUUGGGCAGUGGGUGACGAUCGACAUAUUCAGGGGGAGCCUCAUACACGUAAUACCUAA